UACAGAUGCGUCUUUCACUCGACCUUACAUUAGCCUUCAUGUCUACGCUCUGUGUUCAGGGAGUUUUCUUCCGCGUUCCGUCUUGAGAGGUAUCAGUAUUAUUUUGCAUACUCCGCGUGCUGGUUGGCUGAGAGGACCAUUCAUCCCAUCCUGGCCAAAACAAACUCACCCUGCCACAGCGAAGAGGAGGGACCGCGGCGCAUCGGCUUUUAUUUUGUCAAAUAAGGCGCACAUCGACCAAAGCCGUCUUCGAACCGCAGCGGCUGUCCGUCGCCUACAGAGGUGGACUAUAGUGCAAUGAUGACGGGCAAAUCCGUGAAAGACGUGGACAGAUACCAGGCUGUCCUCAACUCUUUACUGGCGCUGGAGGACAAUAAAUUCUGCGCUGAUUGCCAAUCUAAAGGUCCAAGAUGGGCGUCCUGGAAUUUGGGCAUAUUCGUCUGUAUCCGCUGUGCUGGUAUCCAUCGAAACCUGGGGGUCCACAUCUCCAAGGUCAAAUCUGUCAAUCUGGACCAGUGGACACAGGAGCAGGUCCAGUGUGUCCAGGAGAUGGGGAACGCCAAAGCCAAACGUCUCUAUGAGGCUUUCUUACCGGAGUGCUUUCAGUGCCCCGAGACGGACCAAUCAGCAGAGAUCUUCAUCAGGGACAAGUAUGACAAGAAGAAAUACAUGGACAAGGUCAUUGACAUCCAGAUGCUUAGGAAAGAAAAGAGCUGUGACAAUAUACCCAAGGAACCAGUUGUGUUUGAGAAAAUGAAAUUGAAAAAAGACUUCAGCCCCAAGACAGAUCCCCAGGCCGUUACAGACCUGCUUGGAUUAGAUGCUCCUGCUCCAAGUGCGGCAGUGUCUAAUGGUGGAGGAUGUGUUCCAGACAGUAAUGAGAGCCUGGCGGUGUCCAAUCCAGCUCUGGUGCACUCUGCACUGGAUUUGUUCAGCUCCUUGCCAGCAUCCUCCUCUGCUUCCUCCAUUAAAACCACGCCUGUUUCCAGCUCCAUGCCUCAGAGCAGAGUGACUGCAUCCGUGCCCGACAACCUCAGUCUGUUCAUGCGUUCGGCACCCAAAGCAGAGGAGGGCACUGUCAAGAAACUGUCCAAGGACUCGAUUCUGUCCCUUUACGCCUCCACCCCCUCAGUGCACGCCAGCAGUAUGUCGACUCACGCAGGCUUGUACAUGAACCAAAUGGGAUACCCGACACACCCCUACGGAUCGUACCAUUCUUUAGCCCAAGCAGGUGGGAUGGGAGGUUCCAUGAUGCCGUCACAGAUGGCCAUGAUGGGACUUCAACAGAACGGCAUGAUGGGACAGCAGGGCGUCAUGGCUCCACCCUACAUGACCCAGGGCACGGUGGGUCAGCAGCGAAGUGGGAUGAUGGUGCAGCAGCAGAAUGGCGUUAUGGGACGACAACAACAUAGUGGGAUGAUGGUGCACCAGCAGAAUGGCAUUAUGGGACAACAACAACACAGUAGGAUGAUAGUACAGCAGCAGAAUGGCGUUAUGGGACGACAACGACAACAGAGUGGGAUGAUGGGGCAGCAGCAGAAUGGCAUUAUGGGACAACAACAACACAGUCGGGUGAUGGUACAACAGCAGAAUGGCGUUAUGGGACGACAACGACAACAGAGUGGGAUGAUGGGGCAGCAGCAGGUUGCCGGUUUACCUCCUCAGCAGGGAGGGCAACAUGCCCAGCAGCUACAGUGGAACAUUACCCAGAUGACUCAACACAACGGCGUGAUGGGAUUCAGCAAUCAACAAACGGGAGGCUCAACAACUCCAAACUCGGCGCACAUGACAGCACACGUUUGGAAAUGAUUUCGUCCAUCCAGGAAGUGAUGUAACGCCUAUGACCGACAAAAGACGGGCAAACUAAGUUGAAGGAAUCUGUGGAUCAGACUCUCCAUGAGACAUUUUCUAAUGCAAGGGAGAGAGAAGAGGAGGAGGAGACGGGUGUGAAAAUGAACAAGGUUUGGAAAACCACGACUACCUCGCUUUCUCUCUCCUCUCGGACCAUGCUUCCUCUUCUCGACACAUCCACGGCCAUGUUUUGCAUAUUUCCAUGUUUGCCUUUCGAACACUUUGGUAUGAUGACCAAGACAACAGGGUUCAGAGGUUCACUGGUUGCGCGUCUUUCUUUGUAUCUAAUAUGUGGGAGUGUGUGCGCACACAUCUGCUGUAUGUGGGUGUCAACAAACUCAAGAGAACAGUUUGUUUUUUGGAGAAUUUUACAGUUUUUCUUACUUGAACAGAAUCAGAAUGAAGGUUAGCAGAGCUAAACUCAAUUGGUUUGUGUGCCUGCAUUUCAACAUUUAUUGGAACAAGAUGCAUUUUUGCAAGGAUAAGGUGUAUUGAUUUUAAAUGUGUUGUAUAGUCAAACAUUCCUAUGCUUAUUUUCUUUUUUGAUGGGACUUCGAUGAAAAGAUUGAUACAAUUCCACUCAUGAGUCUGUACACCAAAUAUGAGGCUACCACCAGCAGAUGGUUAGCUUAGCUGAGCAUAAAGACUGGAAAUAUAAAAGAAGAACUAGCCUGGCUUUGUCCUGAAGACUUUGAAUGUUUGCAGUUUGAACAAAUGAUAUGUAAAAUGAUAAUUAAUGGGUUUAAAUAUGCUGGAAGCUGGAUUUUGAUUUGAUUUUGUAACAGAGCCCGGCUAGCUGUUGCCACCUGUUUCCAGUCUCUGCGCUAAGCUGUGCGGCUAAUGGCGUUAGCUUCAUCGUGCAGACACGAGACUGCUGUCGAUUUUCUCUUUCAACUCUUGACGAGACAGUGAAAUAGCGUUCAGCUUAUCUCAAAACCAAAUAAUUUGUUUAACCAUGCAUUGAUAAUGUUUCUUAACAAUAUAAUAUAAUUAGCUUAAUUCAAGCCGCAACCAUAUUUGUGAAGCAGCAACUACGGAUGUUUUUCUAGCCAGCUUUCAAGCUCACUGAGGAGUCAUUUAGGAUAUUAGCCUUCUGGUUCGAGGAGAAUCAAACUAGCUUAUGCUAAGCUAGUCUCUCUCGUCGCAUCUUCAAGGUAAAGGCAUUAAUGAAUAAGCCUAGCUCUGUGUAAGUAGAAAACACUUGUAAAAUAUGAUAAAAAACAAUAUAUCCCCUUCCUAAAUAGUUAUUCUUCUGUCCAACAAUAUAACGAAUGUAAGAAAUCCCUUCAUGUGUUGAUAAGAUCUUAAAGCAGCUACACAACCGACCAAAACAGCCCGUAUUUAUGAUGUCUUCUACCCAAUAAAAACAGCUUCUUUUAGAAUCAAUAUAUAAUCUUGAAGUGUCUAAAAUCCAAAAUUGGAUUUGGGAGACCAAAGAUCAACGCUAGCUUUAUUAUGGUUGUACAGUAUUCCAAUGCUUUCUUACAUCUGUGCAGCCGCUUAACUAGUGAUUUGUAUAACAUUCAACUCAGCAGUCCUUUAAAAGUGCGUUUGGUCUACCGUGUUCUCACAUGAUGAAUGUCUGGGCAUUUCAAUUCACUGUGCUACUUUCUCAGCAAGAGUGGGACAUUUAAAAAGUCACUUGCAUGUAUGUAAAAGUUGAGGUAACGUUCACACACCUCAAGUUAAUCUACCUUCUACAAUAGAGGCCUCAAAUAAUGCUGAAUGUCUGUAAGUAAGAGAACUAGAGAGGUGGGGACAGAGGCAAAAGAUAACUUCAAGUACAGAUGCGCCAUGUUUCAGAUUCUUCCACUGAAUUGCACGUAGAUAAUGUCUAUCUGGCUCUGAUUGUAUAUACUGUUUGUUUCUUGAGAUGUUUGAAUGUCUCUCUUUGAAUGUUUCUUGUCAAUCGGUCUCUGGUCAAGACCGACAACAUGUCUCAAUGAAUGUGGGUCCUGAAUAUGUUUCAGGACUUGUACAGGACUCAUUUUGCAUACGUGCAGCUGAGGGUGCAUUUAGUUUUUUGAUAUUCUACGACUUCGUCAAGCAAUUUACACGAGUGUCUUUUGAACUUCUGCGGUCAGCAGAACCAUAGUUCAACUAUGUUAUAAUGUCAUAACGUCAAAUUAGGAGCUAACUGUGACCAGGCUAGCGCAACUAAAGGUCACUCGGGGGGAGAUUAUAAUUUGCCCGUGCGACAUUGUGAAGAGAAAAGCGAUUGUAUAACCACAAUCUGAUCACCUCUCAACAUUUUAGUUAACCCCUCUACACCUCUACCAAACAAGCCGCCCCUCUCUGUGUCCCGAUUUCUCUGCAAGGCGUUUCUAAAAAAAUAUACACAUUUUUAUAAAUGCAUGACACUGUUUGUGUAAAUAUUCUGUCUUUUAUUUUUAAGCAGUUGGCUAUUGUGUUGCCACUUUGAAUGUGAGGGCUGAAAGAGAAAUACAUGAACAGACAGGGCAUAACAUUCUUAUUAACUGCUGCCAAUGAGCAGCCAGUAAACAUUUCCCUUUCAGCAACCUUCCAGGUUUUUCUCUUUCGAUUUGAGCUCCUUUGGUGGCCGUCGAGGCGACAGCGUGACUGCAGCAGUCACGUCGUCUGCCGAGAAGACAACGUGUCGUCUUACAACCUUCAGCUCGCCAUGGAAGAAGCAGUAUAAAGCCUUUAGUUUGCUCGUAUUCAGUUCCUUUUUUUGUCCGGUAUAUUUUCUGUGAAAUAAGAGUCAUUAAAGGAAUGUAUCUUUUUAUGUACCUGUCAAUCAAAAGAUAUUGUGUACUUUAUUCUUUAUCAGAAUAUCUCUUUAUCGUGUGUCCCUUGAAGAAAAUUGCUGAAUGUG